CACCAAGUGGUGUGCUUCUCCGGGGGUGUGUGCGGAAGGCUCCAGGAUAAAUAGGAGGCUCCCAGUUCUGGGUGACACUGGAGCCCGCUGGCUGCCUGCCCCGGGUGUUUCCCUGCUCUGUAGCCAGGCUGCCUGCUGCUUAGUUUCGCUUCCUCCUGGCUCAGGGAUUAGUUUCCAAGCACCCUCUCGGUGCCAGGGCCCGGGAAGGGCGCGGAGAAGGAGCCGGGAGACUCGUCCAGGGGCUGCCCUGCCCCACAAAGCACGGUUGAUGGACCCGGCCGCCCAGGGCAGCGGUGUCAGCUCCCUGCCGCUGUUCUUGGCCCUUGCCCUAGGUCUUUCGAUUCUCCACUGUGUGGUAGCAGAUGGAAACACAACCAGAAUACCUGAAACCAAUGGAUCUCUUUGUGGAGUUCCUGGGGAAAACUGCACAGGUACCACCCCUAAACAGAAACUGAAAACCCAUUUCUCUCGGUGCCCCAAGCAGUACAAGCAUUAUUGUAUCCACGGGAGAUGCCGCUUCGUGGUGGACGAGCAGGCUCCUUCCUGCAUCUGUGAGAAAGGCUACUUCGGGGCACGGUGUGAGAGAGUGGACCUGUUUUACCUCCAGCAGGACAGGGACCAGAUACUGGUGGUCUGCUUGAUAGUGGUCAUGGUGGUGUUCAUCAUCCUAGUCAUCGGCGUCUGCACCUGCUGUCAUCCUCUUCGGAAACACCGUAAAAAAAAGAAGGAAGAAAACAUGGAAACUUUGGAUAAAGAUAAAACUCCCAUAAGUGAAGAUAUUCAAGAGACCAAUAUCGCUUAAAAGUUAUAAAGUUAUCACAAGCUGGUGGCUACAAAAGACCUGACUCAUUUGCAGAUGGACAGGACAUGUCUCAGGAAAACAGCUAGCAGAAAUGAAUGUUUAAAUAUUGUAUUUACUUUUUUAUUUGUAACCAUGUGUUGCUUGUUAUUGUUUUUAAUACUGAUAUUUUUUGUUACAGUCUAAUAGUUGAGAAAAAUCACCUGGUUAGGUGACAACAAAAAUAAGGGACAUUUGAAUACAAAGUUUGGUGCCAGGAUUAUUUAAAAAGUAAAAGAAAAGUGGGAAAGAAGUUAGUUUUUAACAACUGAGUCACCAUCAGGCAAUGAUAGCACAUGUCUUUAAUCCCAGCAGAGACAGGCAGAUCUCUGUGAGUUCAAGGCCGGCCUUGUCUACAAAGAAAGUUCCAGAAUAGCCAGGCUUAUACAGAGGAAUCCUGUCUCAAAAAACCUAACUAACCAACCAACCAACCAACCAACCAACCAACCAACCAACAAACAAACAAAAAACCUAAGUCAGUAAUAGGGCUUCCAGGGUUUAUACACUUACCAUAUGCUAAGAGCUUGAAAUAUAUUAUUUCAUUUUAUCAUUUCAGUAGUUUGUGAGAUUGCAUAUUUUUGUCCUCAUUCCUAUAUAUACAAAAGUUAAAUAAUUUCACUUAGAUUUAGAGAUAGAGAAAUUGAGAGACCAAGAACUGAUAUAGACCCAGAUUCAAAGUGAUGCUCUUACCAUUUUUGUUAAUUUGAUUUCCAGAGAUCUAACUCAAUAGUGUAAUCUGAGAUUUCCACCUUUGCUAUGAUUCUGAGAUGGUAGGGUGAUUUCCCCGAGUUGACACAGAAUAGAGUCCUGGCUAGAGCUGAUGUCAGCAUCAUGAUUUCUCCAGGGUUGACUUCAUGGUUAUUGUUAUCUUGCUUUUUCAUAAAAUCUCAGUGGCAUGAGUAAAUGCUUCUAUCACCAAAACAGACAGCAAAAGUUAAAUGGCUGGUGUUCGUUAGUGCUUGCAUGGGUAUUGAUGCUCAGUAAAGUAGAGACAGCUCAGGAAGAGAUUUGUUAGUAUCAGUGAUGUCACAGCUGAACAGAUGUGACCUAUGUGAUCCAAGCCUCAAGUCUAAUGCAUGUAUAAUUGCUCUCAGGUGAAUCUGAUGCCACAACAAACAUCCUGACCGUAGUGUUUAUGAAUUCAACUGUUUCGUCACUAUUGUGUUCCUUUGACUACAUGCGGUAUUUAGUAGAAAGUAUAUUAAACAUAAAAAAAUAAAAUUUAUAUUUAGUCAGUAUUCUAUAUCCUGUCGGGAUCCUUGUAAAUUUAACUUUACAAAGAGAGAUUCCAUAGAUUCAAGCAAAAGCCUGUAUUUCCUAUGUUCUCUUAGUACAGUCUUUGUAAGUAGGCUGGGUUUCAGCAAUGAUUACCUGCCAAUUUCAGCUAAGUCUGAGAACUGGCAAGUUUCAAAAUAUUUUUUCUUCCCUGUGACUUAAUGUCCAUUCUUGAAAAAAGACUGCCCAUACCGGAAUCAUAUUCUUGUUUUAUUUCGUCUCCUUGGGCUCCUGUGUGAGUUUUCUCUCCAGUCUUCUUGAAUGCUAAACAGGUUUGGAUUAAAUGGCCACUAGAACAUUAAAAAUACCACCAGUACUGUUAAGUGACUCUGCUUCCUGGUCCCUGGUUGACUGAUCAAAGCAGUCAAUGUUGGGAAACUCCUCAUUUUUUUUUAUCUGAAACGUUUAAUGGUGUCUCUUGAGAUUCUGAUAUCAUGAAAGGAUUUCAAGAACUCUCAUGGUUUUUUCCAAGUGUGUUUUGUAAUUGUUUUUGCAUAUACUGUGUUGUUUAUAUAGACCGUUAAGGUUAUAAUGAAAUAAAAUAACUUUAUUUUUAAACAAA